GGGGCACUAGAACAACAGAAGGAGCAGCAUAACCCGAAGAGAACCCCAUCUCGACUAUCUUCUGCCCAAUUGAACCGCCUUCAUCCAUCCUCUGCCACCCCGAUACACAAAAGAAGAUGCUCUCGACGCGUGUCCAGUGCGCCCUAGCGCUGCUUUCCCUAGCCUUGGCCAUCAGCAGUGUCUCUGCAGCUCCAUCCGAUGCCAAACUUCGCCAGCUUCUUCAACGGUCACUCAUGGCACCUGCAGGCAAACAGGAGCUUGCCAGGUAUACACUUGCAGAGCUGCUCUCAGAGCUUGCACUAGCAGAGAACGAGGCGAUUGAGUCAGAUGACCGGUCUCGUGGCGUGGAGCAGGAGGAUGUGCGUCUCGAGCUGGAGCGUGCUGCUGGCCCAGUACUGGCGCCGCGUGAACGCAAGGCUGGGUGCAAGAACUUCUUCUGGAAAACCUUUACAUCAUGUUAAUUAAUCUACAACCGGGCCUUUACCGCUUAUACUACAUCGCAUCUCUUUAGUUUCAAUAUAAGAAUGUUAUGUUAUUUUAUGCGCCAUGGCUUAACCCGCCAAUCCCAAAAAAUGUAAAUACAAAUUAUUAUAACUCUAACAACAAUCAUGCUGAUGUCUUUAUCGAUCAUUUAGAUUUUUUCCCGAAAUAACACAUGAAUGAAUGUUCUAGAGAUUGUAUGCAAUUCUGCUUUCGACUGUGCUUUAUGUAUUCUGGCAGAUAAGCUAUUUUUAAUUGUUUGUUUGAAUAAAAUCUGUGUUUCAGAA